AUGGUUCGUUUUGGAAAGCUGAUCCAGGAAAAGCGCAACGAGUUGCCUGAGGACCAGCAACUUGCGAUCCUCGAUUACAAUGGCCUUACCGACUACAUCCAGCGCGAGGUUCAGCAGCACUGUAUCAGGACUAUCGUUCCUGAUUCCGAUCCUUUCCCUCCAGCGAUUUCUGCGCGCUUGAAGGCGUUGGAUUAUGCGAGCGGCAACUUCUUCGCCAAGCUUGAUGAAGAAGCGAAACACCUGAACGAAUACUUCAGUCACAUUAUCCAGAGCAUUCAGUCCGAAAUCGACAGCGCUCCUCUCGACGACAGCCUUUUCGAUUUGGUGCAAAGGGUCACUAAGCUCGAGGAGUUGUUGUUGUUGAACUACACCGCCCUCGCCAAGAUCCUCAAGAAGCACGAUCGUGCGUCCGGUUUGCACAUCUCCCCGGUCUACUUGCACCGCAGCUCAGCAAUGUCCUUCUUGAAGUCCGAAGAACUUCAGAAGGCGAAGGAGGCACUUGCUGGCAAGCUCGCGGCGUCUGGUGACGUCGAUGGUGCGGAUCAGAUCAUGAGAGAUGGCGCAUCCUCUCCCGAUGUGGAGCCCGCCUCCUUCAAGAACAGCUUGCCUGAAGGCUUCUUCAGUGGUCGGGCAAAGAAGCAGGAUGUUCUCCUGCAGAUGCGUGGUGACACAGACUUGAAGGCCGUUCAGGUGGUGGUCGACUGCCUCGCCGAGCAUGACCUCGAAAUCAGGGACUUCACCUUCUCUUGCAUUGGCAAGGGUGUCGCCUUCGGUGCCAUCGUCGCUCUUCGCUCGACUGAUGUCCACGUCUUCAAGGAUGUCGUCAGCGCCGCGGAAAAGAACAAGCUCUCCCUCUCCUUCGAGGUCCCCGCACAAUCCGAAGAGAACAUCCAGGCUGUCUCCGGAAGCCGCAUCCACUUCACCGCCACCGUCCUCUCCACCCAAGGUCUUACCCCCAAAUUCCUCCAGCAAUGGACCACUCUCCUCAGGAAGUACAACGCUGUCAUCAACGACAUGACCCGACUUACUGAGGCGAACCUCGGUUGUAUCGACUACAAGCUCUCCGUGAGCGCAGACUGUGACGUGGUCGCUCUCCGCGAAGAAAUCUUUGCGCUUUCUCGUGAGAACGCAACCGAUGUCGCUCUCCAAGUCAACGACGUUUUCCGCCGCAACAAGCGUCUCGUUGUUUUCGAUAUGGACUCUACCCUUAUCCAGCAGGAGGUCAUCGAUGAGAUCGCCCGUUAUGCUGGUGUGAUGGACCAGGUCGCUGCUAUCACCGAGUCCGCGAUGAACGGUGAGAUCGAUUUCACGGAAUCCUUGAAGCGUCGUGUCGCCCUCCUCAAGGGUUUGCCCGUCUCUGUCUUCGAGGCUGUCCGCCAACGUAUCACCUUCACUCCCGGUGCUCAUGCCCUCUGCCGCGCCCUCAAGCGUCUCGGCUUCAAGCUCGCUGUCAUCUCGGGUGGAUUCAUCCCCCUUGCCAAAUACGUCAAGCACGAACUCGGCCUCGACUACGCCUUCGCCAAUCAACUCGCCGUCUCAAACGAUGGUCUUACUCUCACCGGUGAAACAUUCGGCGCGAUCGUUAACGGUGAGCGCAAGGCAGAGUUGUUGGAGGUUAUCGCGCAGGCCGAGGGCGUAGAGUUGGAACAGACAGUCGCUGUCGGAGACGGUGCGAAUGAUUUGUGGAUGUUGGCGAAGGCUGGGUUGGGUGUUGCGUUUAAUGCGAAGCCGAGGGUGCAGCAGAUGGCGCCGGCGAGGAUUAACGAGAAGAGCUUGCAGACGAUUUUGUAUUUGCUUGGGUACAGCGACUCCGAGCAGGCCGAGGUUCUGUCUCGACCAUAA